AGUUGAUAUAUGAGCGUAUGAUGAGCAUAAUUGGAUUCAUUUCAAAGCAUAAUUGGAUGGAAUUUGGGCUGCACCUAAAAGCAUACUAGGCCAAAAACUGAAGCCAUAAUUUACAUAGCCCUACUUCUGGCCCAAACUCAGUUGGGAUACGGUAUAGUUGAUAUCUUCUUUCUUACAAAUGUUAAGACCAGUUCUCUUGUGUAUUGUCCUACUCCACUGCUUUAACAUAUCUUCAGCUAAUGAUGAGGAAUCAUCCUCUUGUCAGGCAGCAGCUACUUUAUCUUGUGAGGAUAUUAAGAAUUAUUGGCCAGAGAGUUCAUCAGGAUAUUAUAAUAUAAUAGGCAAAGGAAAUGAAAGGAGAUACAUGUAUUGUGAUAUGAAGGAGCUGGAACUAGCUCAAGCAUGUGGUUCAGGAAAAGGAUGGACAAGACUAGCAUAUCUGGAUAUGUCUAAUGCUACACAGAACUGUCCUUCUGGGUUUGGACUGUACCAGUCAGGAGGAGUUAGAGCUUGCGGCAAACCAUCAUUAUUCAAUGGCUGUGUAUCAGUUCAGUUCCCAUCUAAUGGUAUCAGUUAUUCUCAGAUAUGUGGUAGAGUAACAGGAUAUGUGUUUGGUUCUAUAAAUGCUCUUUUUACUGAUGUUGUCACUGAUGCUGAAGGUGUUACUAUUUCUCGUGGACCUUCUCAACAACACGUAUGGACACUAAUUGCUGGUCAUAGUGAAUCAACUAACUCAUCAUAUUCAUGUCCAUGUAACACUGGUAGUUCAGUAUCCGUUCCAGAUUCUAUUGGAUAUGUGUUUGGUUCUAUAAAUGCUCUUUUUACUGAUGUUGUCACUAAUGCUGAAGGUGUUACUAUUUCUCAUGGACCUUCUCAACAACACGUAUGGACACUAAUUGCUGGUCAUAGUGAAUCAACUAACUCAUCAUAUUCAUGUCCAUGUAAUACUGGUAGUUCGGUAUCCGUUCCAGCUUCUAUUGGUAAUAACUACUUCUGUGAAUCAGGGAAUCCCUAUAGUAGUAACCCAUCACAGAUUCUCUAUACAUCUGAUCCACUCUGGGAUGGUCAAGGUUGUGGUGGUGCUGAAGGUCCUUGUUGUAAUGUUCCUG